CCCGAGCAGAGCGGCCGCCCGGGCGCAGGGGGGCAGCCCCCACCCCGGCCGGGUGCCCUGCCCCUGGCCCCUGCCUGCCCUCCAGACUGCGGCCGCCGCCGCUGCCGGGAGCCUGCCUGCUGCGGAACUCACCAGUCUUCUCUCCAUGGAGUUCGGCCUGCUCAGCGAGGCGGAGGCCCGGAGCCCGGCUCUGUCGCUGUCCGACGCGGGCACUCCCCACCCCCCACUCCCAGAACACGGCUGCAAGGGCCAAGAACACAGCGACUCGGAGAAGGCCUCGGCUUCGCUGCCCGGCGGCUCCCCCGAAGACGGCUCGCUGAAGAAGAAGCAGCGGCGACAGCGCACGCACUUCACCAGCCAGCAGCUGCAAGAGCUGGAGGCCACCUUCCAGAGGAACCGCUACCCCGACAUGAGCACUCGCGAAGAGAUCGCCGUGUGGACCAACCUCACUGAGGCCCGCGUGCGGGUGUGGUUCAAGAACCGACGCGCCAAGUGGCGGAAGCGCGAGCGCAGCCAGCAGGCGGAGCUGUGCAAGGGCGGCUUCGCCGCGCCGCUCGGCGGGCUGGUGCCGCCCUACGAAGAGGUGUACCCCGGCUACUCCUACGGCAACUGGCCGCCCAAAGCGCUCGGCCCGCCGCUCGCCGCCAAGACCUUCCCGUUCGCCUUCAACUCGGUCAACGUGGGGCCCCUGGCUUCGCAGCCCGUCUUCUCGCCACCCAGCUCCAUUGCCGCCUCCAUGGUGCCCUCGGCCACCGCAGCCCCGGGCACCGUGCCAGGGCCCGGGGCCCUGCAAGGCCUGAGCGGGGGGCCCCCCGGGCUGGCUCCCGCCGCAGUGUCCUCCGGGGCAGUGUCCUGCCCUUACGCCUCUGCCGCCGCAGCUGCUGCUGCAGCCGCCUCCUCCCCCUACGUAUACCGGGACCCGUGUAACUCGAGCCUGGCCAGCUUGAGGCUCAAGGCCAAACAGCACGCUUCUUUCAGCUAUCCCACCGUACCCGGGCCGCCCCCGGCGGCCAACCUCAGUCCGUGUCAGUACGCCGUGGAGCGGCCCGUAUGAGUGGCCCGGCCCGUCCACCAUCCCCGAGGACGGGGUCGAUCAUUCACAGCCUCCCCGGACUGGGGCCGUCUUGACUGGCUCGAUUUCGCCCCGGGGUCUGAGAGGGACGCUGGGGCAGCUGGGGGGAGGGAGGCGGCCGGCUCGGGACAGAGCCUUCCAACUUCUAACUCCCCACCUGAGGGGUGGACUGGCCCCUAUGCACAGUCCGCGCCCCUGGGACUAAGGCCAGGAACAGGGACCAGUUCCCCGGGGCCAACUCGCCCUUGGCCCACCCCGCCUUCUCCAGACUCCUCCUCUCCCAUUUAUCAUUUUCAAAGAUAAAUGAAAUAAACGUGCGAGGACUG